AUGACCUCGCCCCUGAUUGUGACGUUCGUGCAGGCGACCGUUUUGAACGCCGUCUCCAACAUCCUCGCGCAGCUGAUUGAUCAGCGCAACAACAAAGCUCCAUUUACUCUAAACACAGUGGCUCUCCUCCAAUUUCUGGGCUAUGGCAUCUUAAUUGUGGCCCCCAAUUUCUACUGGCAACGCGCUCUGGAAGCGCGUUAUCCAGGAGUUCCUUCGCGUUCCGAGCUCUCUGAUGCAUUCAGUGUCCAAUCGCUGAAAUCAAUCUUUUCACCCCGCUCAUGGCUUUCCCUCUUUUCAAGGUCUCACCAGGAUGAUUCACUCCCUAGCCACAAGGAGAAAGAAAAGCAUGUCCAACGGCCGCAGAUAUCCGGGCUGCGUAGCUUCUUCAUGAAAUUCUUCUAUGAUCAAACCGCAGCCUCGAUCGUGAAUCUUGUGUUAUUUGUGAUUGUCAUCAAUCUGCUGAAGGGAGAGACUCUGGCAAAAUCGUGGGAGUUGGUUGUUUUGGAUUUCCGGCCUCUUAUGAUUGCCCGUCUGAAGUAUCGGCCAGUUGUUUCAGUCUUAAUGUACACAGUCAUUCCUGUAGAUCGACGAGUGGUCUUCGCAAGUGCAUGUGGUGUGAUCUGGGGUGUUUAUUUGAGCUUAUAUGCGGGGGUUUAG